UUGACAAUUGAAAUGUCAAGCAAACAUUCAAAAACAAAUGUUGUCGAUGUAAACAAAAGCCAAAGGACUAAUCUAAAUUUUCUAAAAGUUAUAAUAAAAAGUUUCGAUUGUUCAAGAUAUAAGAAAACGAUAAUUCAAAAUGAAUCGUGAGCAAUGUUGCCGUUUGUGUAUGUCCGCAAACACCGACGAACACCUGAACAUAUUCAGUGACAUUGGUAUUGAAAUGAAGCUAUGCGAAAUCAUCAGUAAAUAUUUCGACUGCGAGAUUAGUGAGCUGGAUCCAUUACCUAAUCUCGUAUGCCAAAAGUGCUGGCAAACCACCGAUGCUUUCCAUGAACUGUAUCAAAAGUCGAAAACAGUUCAAGAAUCACUUCUAAAUCCACCCAUAAAAUUUGAACCGGGUGAGAGUGAACUGUGGCAAAGCCAUCAGGAAUCCAUUUUUGUCGAAGAAGCACAUUUGGAGGUUGGCCCGGUCAAACCAGAACCGAACUUGGAGGAUUCAAUUUCGAAUGAUAAUGAUCAAAUGGACUAUGUUGGAAGCACAUUUGACUCAGAUGACCAAAGCGACGAUGAGAAUAACGGAAAUAUAACCGAUAAAAAUGAUUCGGACUAUAAGUGCAGUGUAGAUAGAGAAGCCAAGUUGCCACCAAAUGAUCUACCAUCAACUGAUUUACCGCCAAAAAAUUUGCCGGCAAAUAAGACGCCACCGAAGGAACCGAUAAAACCCAGAAAAGCUGUAAGGCAAACCAAAGCGAAAAAAAAUAAAAAGUUUGAUCAAUUUUGUGCUGAACACAAGGAUCUACUGAAAAUGAACUGUGAAUUGUGUCCGACAGUAUUCAAAAAUCUUCGUGAAGCCCGAGAACAUUAUCCCAAAAAGCACAAUAAUCCAAAUGGUUACAUCAAAUGUUGCGCAGCCAAGUUAUUUUAUCCCAGCCAAGUGAUGGACCAUAUAAAAAAACACUUCGAACCAAAAACACCAAAACCGAAAAUUCCUAAAGAGACAAGCCUGUCAUGCAAAAUUUGUUCGAAAUCAUUUAACUCGAGACAAAGUCUAUUAUUACAUAGGAAGGUGCACGUAGAGAACGAUGAAGAGGAAGAUGUCGACUAUAUAAAUUUCAUGGUCGAACACUUUGAUAUGAAGUGUGAUUUCUGUGAAACCGUAUUCCGUGGAUAUUAUGAGGCGCGUGAGCACUAUAAAGAAGUUCAUAAUGAAGAUAAGGGAUAUAUAAAGUGUUGUAACACGAAAUUAAGAGAACGAUGUUCUGUCAGAGACCAUAUCAAAAGUCAUUUGGAACCAGAAGUUUUCAAGUGUGAUAUAUGCGGUAAAACUUUUGCGACACGAAUGAAGCUAGCCAAACAUAAGCAUCGACAUUAUUUGACCAAGAGCAGAUCCUUUAUCUGUGACUACUGUAACAAAGCGUGUCGUGAUAAAGAACAAAUGGUGCGACACAUGUUCACCAAACAUAAGUUCGUUGAGGCAAAACUUGAGUGUGAAAUAUGUUCUAAACGGUUCCAAAUAGAGUCAUUGUUGAAAAUGCAUAUGUAUGCGGCACAUCGAGAGAAAAAAAUCGUUGGCACAUGCGAAAUAUGCGGCAAGAGUUUUUAUAGAAAUUUUUCUCUUGAAAAGCAUAAGCUUCAACACAUCGAUAAAUCCGAACGAUUGAUCGAAAGAACCCAGUGUGCGCACUGUGGCGAGUGGAUAGCGACCAAAAGUGGUGAGUUUUAUCAUAAGCAAAUUCACACGAGUGGACCACAGACAUGUGAACAUUGCAAGUUGGUGCUUCCGAAUAAAGUUGCUUUAUUGGGACACAUUCGGAAAUAUCACCGUGAACACAAACACAAAUGCAAAUUCUGUGACAAAACAUUCCAGAAUGGCUGGAAAUUGAAGAUUCACGAAGAAAGCCACACAAGAGAGAAUUUGUAUCCGUGUCAAUUUUGUUCAAAAGUGUUCACAGUGUACGGUUCCCGACGCACACAUCAGAGCCGAGAUCAUCCACAGGAGCUCAAACAAUUAAGUGAAGCAAGAAAAUUACAAAGAGAUCCUACAGCCAAUGUACAACAAAAAUCAAUUCAAAAUACACAGAAAAUGUAAUAGAUUAUUUCUUAAAAUUAAACGCAGAGUAUUUAGCCAAUAAUUGGACAGAAUAAUUUUGAAUAAAAACUUGUAUUUCAUUCGCAAAUAA